CACGAGAACGCGACAAGAAUCGCUUGCAGUGAAGAGAAAUUAGCCGAACGAGUUCGAGCAUAGCGGUAUUAAUGGAAUAAUCAAUUUAACAAUGGCAACACAUGGCAAGGGUAAGAAAAAGGGUGCUGGCGCGAAGACCAAUGGCAAAAAUAAUGGGAAAGGGGCUAAAGGAGGCAAUGGCGGCAAGAGUAAAGGGUCGAAGAAAUCGAGAAGAAGCGGAGGAAAAGCGCGGUUUGCUAUGGACAUUUUCAACGAGGAAAUGAUGGAAAACGCCUAUUACACGUGCCACAACAUUAUGGAUGUGCUGAAGUGUCGAGGCUUUCCGUGGCCAGAAGCUCAGAAAAAAAAGAAGGGGAAAAGGAAGAAAUAA